UGUCGACGCGUACGGUCCCGGUUAGUCGACGCCGGUGCGGAACCGUAUAAUUCCCAUUUGCUGGGAGUUCGCGCGCGGGAGAUCCAGUGGCUGUCCUUCGGCGGCGUUCGCGUCCGGUACGGGGCGUACGACGAGCGGGUGAGAACACACUACCCGGUGCGGCGGCAACUUGCGCGCGCGCGCGAGAGGGAAAAAAGUAGAGACAAGAGGAUCCGGCGCGGGUUCUCCGGCUCCGGCCGUUAUUCGCCGCGUUUUCUCACUGUUUUCGACGCGGGCCGCGACGCGCCGGCAAAGGCGUAAAAACCGACUCGGCACCGCCUGAUCAUCGCCUUGUAAACGAGUCCGUUCCGGCAAGAUGGCGGAGCUGCAGGGCACCCCGGUGGCACAGGACGCCCUGGCCGUGGCGCAGCUCGAGCUUGAGGGGAAUCCGAAUGCCCUGGCGCUGCGCAGGCCGUUCGACCCGGUGGCGCAUGAUCUCGAUGCGUCCUUCCGCCUGACGCGAUUCGCCGACCUGAAAGGAUGAGGGUGUAAAGUCCCUCAGGAGGUUCUUGGUAAGCUCCUCGAGGGACUCCAGGCCGACGACGCGUCCGCACAGGACCACGAGCAUGCCCACUUUAUGCACAUGGCGAUUCCGCGUAUCGGAAUUGGCAUGGAUUCCUCCGUGACGCCGGUGCGACACGGCGGGCUUAGCCUGGUGCAGACUACAGAUUUCUUUUACCCGCUAGUCGACGAUCCUUAUAUGAUGGGUAAAAUCGCGUGCACCAAUGUCCUCAGCGAUCUGUACGCGAUGGGUGUCACGGACUGCGACAACAUGCUGAUGCUGCUGGGUGUCAGCACGAAGAUGACGGAGAAAGAGCGCGACGUCGUCGUGCCGCUAAUUAUGAGAGGAUUCAAGGAUUCCGCUCUGGAUGCGGGCACCACGGUGACGGGUGGCCAGACAGUCGUGAAUCCCUGGUGCACCAUCGGUGGAGUGGCUACUACCGUUUGCCAGCCAAACGAGUAUAUUGUGCCGGAUAACGCCGUAGUUGGAGAUGUAUUGGUCCUAACAAAACCCCUUGGUACACAAGUUGCCGUCAACGCGCAUCAGUGGCUCGACCAGCCCGACCGUUGGAACAGAAUCAAGCUCGUAGUGAGCGAGGAGGAUGUACGGAAAGGCUAUCAACGUGCAAUGGACAGUAUGGCUAGGUUGAACAGAACAGCUGCUAGACUGAUGCAUAAGUACAACGCGCAUGGAGCCACAGACGUCACCGGUUUCGGUCUUCUGGGACACGCUCAGAAUCUGGCGAAGCAUCAAAAGAACGAAGUUUCCUUUGUUAUUCACAAUCUCCCUGUUAUCUCUAAGAUGGCUGCGGUAGCGAAGGCAUGCGGAAACAUGUUCCAGUUAUUACAGGGUCACUCAGCCGAGACUAGCGGCGGUCUGCUCAUUUGCCUUCCUCGAGAACAGGCCGCGGCGUAUUGUAAAGACAUCGAAAAACAGGAGGGAUACCAAGCGUGGAUCAUCGGCAUCGUGGAGAAAGGACUUCGCACGGCUAGAAUAAUCGACAAGCCGCGAGUAAUUGAAGUUCCGGCGAAGGAGAAGGACGGCGAGCUCUGGUAAAAGAAAAAGGGCCCAGGGAAAUUUCCCCGUAAUUUGCCUCCUUAAUUAUAUAUAAAUUCAUACCCUUGGAAAAUGGCACGCAUACACACACUCGACAGCGCUUUUACGUACACCCACAGAUGAAGAGAAUUGUUUUAAUUGUGAGACUCCUGUAUUUUGAUUCUCCCUCACGGAAAACAAAAUCAUAUAUUUAGAUGGCGUUGCGAGAUCUUAAUUGAUCAAUCGCAAAACUUGACAUUAAUCAUUUUAUACAGAUAACCGCGAUAAAAUAGCUCUUGUGAUGUUACAAUUAGUUUGCAAACUCCUGAUUGAUAGAGCGAGCAUCACAUCGUGUUUGUUUAUUUAAAAUACUUUUACCCACCUCUUGUAGAGAGAAUAUUCCCCCCCCCUUUUUUCUGGCAUUAUUUCUGUAUUGAUACAUGCAAAGCUAACUGUAGAUUUUUUAAAAAAGGGUUCGAAGUCGAACUUUUUUUAUACCAGGCGAAGUUGAGGAAAGGAAAUUUAGUAUCUUUAAGAUUAAUGUAGCACUAAGAGCUCUUGGAUUAAGAAGCUUCAAAACUUCAACCGAAUAGCAAUGGAUGUAUUAUAUAUACAUACGUAUAUAUAUUACAUAUACAUAUUAUAUAUACAUGUGUGUAUAUAUUACAUAUUAUAUGCAUACGUGUAUGUGUAUAUAUACAUAUGUACGUAUAUUGGGUGACGAAUUGGGUGCUCGGUGUUAGACGGUGUUUGAAAGAGAUAUCGAUGAUCGCUGAUAAUCGCAGAGAUCUACGAGAUAUAUUUUACAAGAUGCAAAAUACAAAAAAAAAGUGACUGGAAUAAUGUACCGUUAUUUUAUGUAGCAAGUUAUACAAGUGACUAUAUUAUAAUCUAGAAUGACAGUGACUUCUGCGAAGAAUGGAUAUUGUUAAAUAAAUAAGUAGUGUAUUCGCAGUUAGAGCAGACUUACGCGAAGAUCCUCGUAUUUCGGUCAGAGUAUAAUUUGAAAGUCUUAAGUAGAGCACCAUUACACACGCAAGACACACAGAUAUGGAGUCCAGAAAAGAACGAGAUUUAAGGCCUUGUAAUUGUCUCCUAGCGUACGCUUUGAAAAUAAUUCGAAGAAAGAAAUUAAGCACAGGCCCUAACGUUGUAUUACUUUUUCAUAUGAAUAAAGUGCUACUUUGUCAAUAAAA